CGCAUGGAGCCCACUCAAGUUGUCGUUGGAUAGAGGCGCAGUGUAGCCCAGACGCGGCUUUGUUCGCCCUGCACCCGUGUGCAUCUCUUGUGGAAGGAACUCCAUGCCUCCUCAUCACCUUCACGUCCGGAGAUUGUGCGCUCUGUCCUUGCCCAGUCGCCGAUUCGGAGCCGCAGACGCGAGGAUCGGACAGCACGAACACAAGGCUUCUAAAACUGGACAUUAGUCGAUUCACUUUUUCAAACAUUUUUUUCCCCGUGGAACAUCUGGCGCUAUGACGAAGUUAAUGAUGAAUUUGCUCUGGAUAUUUUUUUUCUGUCCAAACCUGAGAUGCUACGGUGACCCCAGGCUCUCAAUUGAUGCAGAAGGUCUGGCUGAAUCUCAGAGUGGAGCUGCUCCGACGCUUGAAGGUUACUUCCUUGAGUUCUUGGAGCCAGUCAACAAUAUCACACACUUUCAGGGCCAGACAGCAACACUGCACUGCAAAGUGUCUGGUAAUCCGCGACCGAUGAUUCGCUGGCUUAAAAAUGAUGCCCCCGUUGUCCAGGAGCAGGGACGUAUCACUGUCCGCAAAACCGAGGCUGGAUCCAAGCUGAGGAUCACCGACCUUGACACUACAGACACUGGCUAUUAUCAGUGUGUUGCCUCCAAUGCUUACAAAGUGAUCUAUGCCACAGGCGUCCUUUAUGUCAAACUGGGGCAGAUGCCUACUCAUGGGCCAGAUCAUACGUCACACGAAAAAGGAUUUUGCCAACCAUACCGUGGCAUUGCCUGUGCUCGCUUCAUUGGCAACCAGAGCAUUUAUGUGGAAUCUCUGCAGAUGCAGGGCGAGAGUGAAAAUCGCAUCACCGCUGCCUUCACAAUGAUUGGCACCUCUACUCAUCUGUCGGAUCAGUGCUCCAAAUUUGCCAUCCCCUCUUUCUGCUACUACGUAUUCCCUCUGUGUGACGAGAGCUCCCGGAGUCCUCGGCGACGUCAACUCUGUCGAGACGAGUGUGAGGCCCUGGAGAACGACCUGUGCCAUGCUGAGUACACUAUUGCCAGAUCCAAUCCCAUGAUCCUCAUGCAGUUAGAGCUCCCCAGCUGUCACCUCCUACCUCACCCAGGAACACGUGAUGCUGCUUCAUGUAUGAGAAUCGGAGUGCCACCAGAAGAACUCGGCCCAUAUUCCCCCACAGACCACAGCUGCUACAAUGGAAGCGGGGCUGAUUACAGGGGCACUGUCAGCAUCACUAAAUCCGGUCACUACUGCCAGCCAUGGAGCAGUCAGUACCCCCAUACUCACUAUCUGUCUCAAGACUACCCUGAACUAUGGGCAAGCCACAACUACUGCCGAAACCCAGGAGGCCAGAUGCAGGCUCCCUGGUGCUUUACUUUGGACCCUCGAGUCAGGGUGGACCUUUGUGAUAUUCAACUUUGCAAGCCUCCAGACAACCUCAGAAAGGAGAUUCUGUUCAUUUUAAUCCCUGCAAUCGCCAUCCCUUUGGUGAUUGCUUGCCUCUUUUUUUUGGUUUGCAUGUGUCGAAAUAAGCAAAAAGCACCAAGUGACACGCCUCCUCGCUGCCAGCUCAACAGCUCACCAAACCAAGACAUGGAGAUGUCUCUCCUAAACCAGCACAAACACCAGGCAAAGCUGCGGGAGAUCAAUGUAUCAGCUCUAAGAUUUAUGGAGGAGCUUGGUGAGGAUCGGUUCGGCAAAGUUUACAAAGGGCAUCUGUAUGGCACUACACCUGGUGAGCAGACCCAAGUGGUGGCCAUCAAGACACUGAAGGACAAGGUUGAUCCCGCCCUCGGUGAAGAAUUUCGCCAUGAGGCCAUGCUCCGCUCUCACCUUCAGCAUCAAAAUAUUGUUUGUCUUUUGGGUACCAUCACCAAAGAGCAGCCACAAUGCAUUCUAUUCACUUAUUCAAGCAUUGGUGAUCUGCACGAGUACCUUGUGGUGCGCUCUCCCAACUCAGAUGUUGCUAGCUCAGAUGAUGACAGAACAGUCAAAUCGACAUUGGAGCAGGCAGAUUUCCUUCAUAUCAUUACCCAGAUUGCCGCCGGAAUGGAGUAUCUUUCUAGCCACCAGGUUGUUCAUAAAGAUCUUGCAGCCCGGAACAUUCUGGUUUUUGACAAGCUAAAUAUAAAGAUCCUUGAUCUGGGCCUCUUCAGAGAUGUCUACUCAGCUGACUACUACAAUCUGAUGGGGCCAAGCCCUUUGCCUAUUCGAUGGAUGUCACCAGAGGCACUGAUGUAUGGCAAGUUCUCCACAGACUCUGACAUCUGGUCUUAUGGUGUUUUGCUUUGGGAGACCUUCAGUUACGGUCUACAGCCUUAUUGUGGCUUCUCCAACCACGACGUGAUCGAGAUGGUGCGCAGCCACCAGGUUUUGCAGUGUCCUGAUGACUGCCCAGUUUGGAUAUACACCCUUAUGCUGGAGUGCUGGAGUGAAUUCCAAGCAAGGCGGCCUCGCUUUAAGGAUAUCCACACACGUCUGCGCUCCUGGGAGAGUCUUUCAAAUUAUAAUAACUCUGCUCAAACGUCAGGUACCAGCAACACUACCCAGACAAGCUCUCUCAGCACCAGCCCCGUUAGCAAUAUCAGCAUGAGCACAGUGAAUGCUUCACGCUACACUAGCCCAAAAAAGACCUCCCCCUUCCAUCAACCUCAGUUUAUGCCAAUGAAGAGUCAAAUGCAUAGGCCGAUGGUCCCUCCACAGCUCUACAUCCCUGUCAAUGGCUAUCACCCUAUGCCAGCCUACCAGUACAUGCAGAAUUUCUAUCCCAUGCAAAUACCCAUGCCCAUGCACCACCACCCAGCCCCGAUGGUUCCAAAAGCGAGUUCUCACCACAGUGGCAGUGGCUCCACAUCAACAGGCUAUGUCACCACGGCUCCUUCCAACAAUUCUAUGGCAGAGCAAGCAGCCUUACUCACUGAGGACUCUAAGACCAACAAUGAGGACUUGGUUGACAGGGCAUCCCAAAUCGAGCUAGAGCAAAAUGAGCACUUGGUAGUGCCUGAAACAGAAUUACUGGGUGACAGUGAGCAACAGACUGACGAGCUGGUGAUCCAAUUGUCAGACACAUAGGUGGUGGUGGAGUGGGGGGCGUACUAUGUGAAAUAUUCUGUUAACUAUGUGUGCCUGCUUCCAAAAAGCAAUAUGAAGUGAAAGGAGCAAUUUCCAGUGACAGUGGAUGAAUGUUGAAAAAGACUUUCUCAAGUAGGACUGAAAUUUGUGCUUCCCAAUCUCGCUUUUUAAGCUUGAGUACGCUACAGUUGGUGUUUCCAUUCAGACGUUUUUCCAAUGUUGCUGUGCAACAUACACAAACAAUGAUUCAACCUCAAGAUCUUUUAUGUCUGUGGUUUUACUUGUUUUACUGAACGUCACAUUAUCUUUGAUCAACAAACAUGGGCUUAUGCAAGCUAGGAUAGCUAUUUGGUGAAUCUUCAUACUACGUUCAUAUCCUAAAGGAAUUAUCCUCACAACUAAGAGUAGAAAACAUCUACUUUCAGAAAAAGCAGAGCCAAAACUAAGUUUUAUAGAGAAAGACUUAUGCAUUCCGUUGUGUCUUGAAGAUCAUUUUAUAUUAUUAUGGAUGUUAUUAUCCAGUGGUAUACAUGUACAUUGGCCACAGCCAUAGAAGCAAAGAAUGUAUAAUGAAUAGAAACACAAUAGAAAAGAAGUAUUGUUUUCAAAUGAACAAAUUGUGUUUUAAUUCAGUGAUAUAUUUUACAAUUUUCAAUAUUGGUACUCAAGCUCAUGGAAUCAUUUUUUCCCCACACUUUUGCCUUAUUUUUUCACUAGCAUUUGUAACAUUGUUUUUUUCACCACAUUGCACAGAUUUGUAAUUUAUAUUCUUUAGUUUGAUUUUCCCCCCCUUUCUUUAAUCCUUUAUUGAACAUUGCUAACCCUGGUGUUGAUUUAAUGUCCCCUACCAGUUGCAUGAUUUUUAUAAGCUUUUUUUCACUUACUACACAAUUGUGUACAUUCAACUAUAGAAUGUUCAAUAAAUUCUUCUUAAAUAA